AUGUCAGAUUCAGGCUUUUCUUCCUCAUCCCAAGCAAAUUUAAUAGGAAGUACAAUGAUAGAGUUGAGUGAUGUGGCCAGUUCUAGUGAAGGUAUUCAAAAAUCAUCUGUAGAACAUCAACUCAAAUUUGCUUCACCUAGGUACUCCACUGGAGAAGGAACAACUCAAAUUAAAUUGAAUAUUGCUAUGAGUAAAUAUGACAAUUCAUCAUCAGAUGAUCACUCAGAUAAUGGAAAAUCUUUCCCUUCAGCAAACAAGCCUCAUGACAAGAGUGGUUCCAUUGCCUCCUCAAAAACUCCUCGAUCAUCCACAACUAAGAGUACAACCUCAUCUGAAGGAGCUAUCAAGUUGAGAACAUGCUGUGGUACUUUGGAGUUAUCAUGGUUGAAAAUAUUGAACUUGUCCUCGUUGAGUUUCAAUUUAUUGGCUUUUUUAAUUUUGGGAGCUAUCAUUAUUGUAUCAUUUGUAAUGACUAGCAAUUAUAGUCAGAAACUAAGUGGUAUUGAUGAUGAUACAGCAUACUAUAGACACUUGAUGAUACAUGAUGCAAGAGGAGCAGCAUUUUGCAAUGGCAAUGAGGAGAUUGCUGAAAGAUUCAUCGAAGAUUACUCAGGACACUAUAAGGGGUUCAUGGCCAACAUUAAUAUAAUCUUGGCAUCUGUUCCAAAGAAUCUCCAAUACCAAGUAGCUCACAAUAUUAGCAUUGAUGAUUUAAGAACUGCAAAGGCAAUGGGAGUUGAAAGUUUAGUUAUCAAGUAUGCCAAAGAAGGAAACUACUCCAUAGCUAUGGACCUUUUGGAAAGUGAGGCAUACAAGUACUAUGUCGAAGGUUUUGAUAUUGAAUUUGAACCACUCGUUGAUUAUAUCCAACAAUUGACAAAAGAUAGCUUGGACUUUUCUGUAAUCAUUACCACGAUUUGUUUGAUUGUUAUUUGUGUUUCAAUUUUGAUUGUUGUUCCUGUCAUGAUAGCUUCAAUUGUUCUCUCUGUAAAGAAGGAUGCCACCAAUUCCAAGAAGUUGAAGCAAAUUAAAGCCUUCCUUUUGAUGGAUACCUUUAGAGAUGACAAAUUGAGAAAUCUAUUCAAGAACCAUUGCAAGCAAGAGAUGAGUUUGGAUAACUUUCUCCUAUUGGACAAGAUUACUGAUUACAAGUGUCUCUGUGAAAAAUCAUUUGACAUUCAAGUCUACCUCUAUGACAGCGACUUGAGUCUUUCUGAUGGUGUUUCUGAAGCAAGUUCUGCCACUGAAACCAAAAAGAAGAAGAAGAAAAAGGGCUAUACUGAAAAGGAUCUUGCUGAAAUUGAAAAGAAAAAGUAUGAAAUUGCCUUUGAAAUCUUUACCGAUUUCUUGGAUGUUCAUGGUGAAAAAUCGGUCAAUAUCAACAAACAAGUUGGAGAUAAGGUCAAGCAACAGUUAGACUUCUUUGCAACUGGCCAAAAUGAGCAUUUGGGAGAUCAAUUGUUCGAUGGAGUUGAAUCAGAAAUUUGCAUCCUCAUGCUCGAUACUCAUCACCGUUUCAAACAAACUGUAGAAUUCCAAAAACAAACCCAAAAGGAAGCGCUUAGGGGCAAGUUGAGAAAGAAGGAAGAUAAGUCAGAAAGAAAAUUAAGUAGUCUUGCAGUCAAGCAACAAUAA